AUGUCCCAGCAGCAACAAGAAGCAUCUCUGCAUGUGGAAGACGCAUCCACAGUCCCCACCACAGCACAGGCGGAUGGCGAACCUGCUGCCAGUACCCAAGAGCAAGUCAUCAAAGUCUACAACCCCGCCUCCACCACUGCCACCCCCAACUCAGAAGACCUGCCCGCAGACUUCUUCGAGCCCACUCUCUCUGACGUCCGCGCCAUCCAUGGAACCAACGCCGCCCGCAACAAACGCCUCAACGAAGCGCCUUUGCUCACUAGCAAGUACCGCGAAGCAGAGAAGGGUGAGAGGGAGAGGGUGAAGCGGGAAAAGUGGCCAGAGACGACAAUCCGGGUCAAGUUUGGGGAUGGGACGGUUGUGCAAGGGGUGUUUCCGAGCCAGGGGCCUAUUCAGCCAGUGUACGACUUUGUCCGCUCGACUCUCUCUCCCUCUGCCGUUGCAGAACCUUUCAUCCUCUACCAACCUCCCCGCACCCUCUUUCCCGAGCACCCGCCCCCGGAACAAAAGCCCACCAAAAAGCCCAUCAACCCUCUCAUGAAAAACUCUAUUGUCACGCCCGCUGGCUAUGGUAGUGUCCGCGGCGGACCUGUACAAGGAUUGCAAGGAGGGAAGGGCGGGAAGGAGACGUUGGCUGAGUUGGGACUCGUGCCGCAGAGUUUGUUGGUAGUCAGAUGGGACGAUGGGGAUAUGAAUGCGAGCUCGUACCCAGCUCCAUUGAAGGACGAGUUGAAGCAGAAGAGCGAACCACUACCACCUGCAGCCCCAAAACAGCCCGAAGCUCCUGCUCCUACUGCUAGCUCAGGGGGCACCAAGACAGAAACCGCCACAGGCGAGAAGAAGAUCCCCAAGUAG